CAUUUUAUCGCAGUAUAUUAUGCAUAGAUAACUAGAGUUUUAACCGUGUAUCAAAAUGGAUGCAUUAGUAUAUGUAGGUCUUACAUUACUUAUUCUUGUUUAUUUGUUUAAAACUAAGAAACCGAAAGGAAAACCCAUUCCUGGACCAUCGGGAUGGCCUUUAGUUGGUAGUGCUUUCGAAAUAACCGAACAAAAUAUGCCGCAAAAAUGUUUCGAAUAUGCAAAAGAGUUUGGACCUAUUGUUCAGUUAAAACUAUUUAAUACCAACGUAGUUUUACUUAAUUCUGUUGACAUGCUUCAAAAGGCGAUGAAUGGGGACACUUACAAGCAAUUCUUCAACGACAGACCUGGUUUCUUUUACGGUGAACAUUUCCUCUUUGGAAGCCAAGGAGUGAUUGUCUAUAAAGAGGGGUUUGGAGGUGUACAUAGUGAACUCCGGAAGACACUCACCAGGGGUUUACACGUUUAUGGAGAUGGAAUAAAACAUUUUGAGGAUAUGGUAGCAAAAGAACUUCAAAAUCUCAUGAAAAAAAUUGAAGAUAUGGACAACGAAGAAUUCGAUUUCAUGGACACAAUUAAACCCUCACUUUCAAAUUUGUUAUCAAUUUUGCUUAUUGGAGAAUCCCUGGAAGAAUCCGAUGCUGAUAUUGGCCUGUUUUGGGAAUUCGACAAAUCUUUGGUAUUUAUGUACAGUCCAAAGGCGGAUGCAGUAUAUUCAACAUUUCCAUUUGUGCGGUAUCUCCCAGGGAUAUACAAGGAGCAGUAUAAUAAAAUAGUAGUCACCAGACGUAGAAUUAUUGAGAGAUAUUACACCAAAGUCAAGGACACACACGAACCAGGAAACACGUGCGGUCUUAUUCAUUUCCUUCUAGAAGAAAGAAAUAAAGAGCUUAACAAUGGAAGCGAUAAGAUUGUUCUUACUGAAGAAAGGAUUAUAUCUAUCGUGCUAGAAAUGGUUGCUGCAGCUGUCGUGACAACAAUGUGCUCACUGAGUAGCACUAUCUUGUGUUUGAUGAGUCACCCGGAAGUCCAGCAGAAACUUCAGAAAGAGAUUGAUGACGUCAUAGGAAGAGAUCGUCGUCCAACCUUAGAUGACAGAGCAAAAUGCAAAUACAUAGAUGCGGUGGCCAUGGAAGUUCAGCGAUUAAUAACGAUUAUACCGUUAAGUGGACCUCAUAUAUGUAAACCUAACAUACAGUUUGAGGGGUACGACAUUCCAGCAAACUCGAUGGUUUUACCAAAUCUGAACUUUAUACAUCAUGACGAGAAGAUUUGGGGACCAGACGCUUGGAAAUUUAAACCCGAGCGUUUUCUAGAUGUGAAUGGAGACAUUGUUGACAGAGGUCAUCCAUACAGACGAAAUUGGGUCCCGUUUAGUAUUGGAAGACGACAGUGUUUAGGGGAUACGUUUUCUCGAUCAAGAAUGUUUUUAUUUACCGCAACAUUAUUCCAGCGUUGGAAUUUCGUACCAUCUACUGGGAGAUUUGGAUCAUGUGAUACAAGAUCAGAGGAUUUUGAGGUUAAUUUGGCAACACGACCGAAAGAAUUUUAUUGUAAGGUUCAGAGAAGGAACUAAUUAAGAUAUUAAUACAAUGGGAUUUAACAAAUUUAUUACUUGAUAGAUUAUGUAUUUUUGAAACUCUUUAAUAGCUAAAUUACAUAGAAAUUAUACUGAUUAUAAAUUUUAAAUAUAAAGAAAUUGUCACUUAGAUAAUAUGAACUGGAUAAUAGGGAUCCGCAUAUUGUAAGCAAAGUCGUUAAAUAUAUCCCUAAAUUUAGUCGGAAGUGUCGAGCUAAAAUGAGAACAUGUACAUGUAUAUCUUACUUUAUUUUACAAAAUUGUACAUGUAUUUUCAUUUAUUCGAUUGAAAAAUAAAUGAUUUCGAAUACUUCAUUUGAUUAAAAGAGUUUUGAAAAGUCUGAGAAAACUAAAGAAUUAUUUCACGUUACGAAUAUGGAAUCGAAUUAGGAGUAAGCACACAAACAACAUAUUUAAUAAUGUAUUUAUAUUAUAUCAAAGGAAAAUGAAAGCAUCUAUUUAAUUCUAUAUCAAAAGCUGAAUUUGAACUAUUGUACAUUUUAAUUUUAAUAUGUAUAAAUGGUUAAAUAAAUAUUAGCAAUGUCACUUUAUAACAUAAAAACACACGAAAAACAUGAUUUGUUUUGUCUCCUUUUAUUCAGUUUAAAUAUAUUGAUUCUUGAAAAGUUUGGAGCUUACUUAAACCACUGUUACCUAGAACUAACAAGUACUAGUGAUGUCAUAUGAGGGUACAUGGUUGUGGCCCUUGAAGGACUCAAACCUAUGAUAACUAACUGGAGUGGAGACACCAUAACUACUAGUAUUCGGCCACCGCUUUCCUUUCAUUUAAUCUAGUAUGCGCAGUAUUCUUUUGUAUUAUAAAUAUUCUUUUUAAUAAGGAAAACUAAAGCAACAUUUUCAUAAGC